AUGAGUGAAAGUAGGACCAUUCUUGAGUCACGACGUGUGGAGAAGCCAGAGAAUCACAGACGUCAAUAUCAAGAGCAUAAGUACGAAGAGAUAUCUCACCAUCAACGGAUACCUUCCUUGUUGACAAAGGGAUCUUCUACAUUAUCCAGCCACAAGUCACUGAACAAAAUGUCCGAAUACCACUACAAUACGGGGGGGAGUUGCUACUUGAUCCGUUAG